AAUCACAGCUGCACUACAGCGCCAACCAUUAAAGAAACAGCUCAGAUUACCUUCAAACUUUUACUUUCUUACAUUACUCAACGGCCAAGAUUUAAUCUCACCCCAUUCUUCUUUUACUCAUCUUUCCAUUUUAGAAGACUCUACACAAAAAUCUAGCCUCACUUUUCAACAAUGACCAAAUAAAAUCACAGCCCUCUUUGUCUCAGCUGCAUAGAUCUGUCAACACGCUGUUGACCCUUUUGGAGAUCUUGUUAAAAGCGUAAUAGUUUUUUGUGAGAAGUGAAGUCAAAAUGAGUUCGAGUACAAUUCGAAAAGCUAUUGGAGCGGUAAAGGAUCAAACCAGUAUUGGCAUAGCUAAAGUUGCUAGUAAUGAUGCCCCGGAGCUAGAAGUAGCUAUUGUUAAAGCUACAAGUCACGAUGAUGACCCACCGGACGAGAAGUAUAUCCGUCGGAUCUUACAGCUGACCACAUAUUCAAGAGGUUAUGUCAGUGUUUGUGUGUCUAAAUUGUCGAAGCGAUUAGGGAAAACUCGGGACUGGAUUGUGGCUCUUAAAAGUUUGAUUGUGGUUCAUAGAUUGUUGAGUGAAGGGGAUCUGGUGUUUCAACAGGAAAUCAUGUUUACGACUAGGAAGGGAACGAGGUUGUUGAACAUGUCUGAUUUUAGAGAUGAGGUACAUUCGAAUUCUUGGGAUCAUUCUGCUUUUGUCAGGACUUUUGCUUUGUAUUUGGAUCAGAAGCUUGAGAUGAUUGUAUACGAGAGGAAACUUACAGGGAAUAGUGGUGGUGGAGAAAUUCAAAAAUGGAGGUCACCUCAAAAUAAUGGGGCUUAUGAAUACGGCAACUAUGAAUCUAGGGGAGAAAAUGGGUAUGGGGGUCAGGGGAUGAGGAGAUCAAGGUCUUUUGGGGAUGUUAGGGAAAGUGAAGCAGAGAAGAAAGACCAAACCCCGUUGAGAGAAAUGAAGCCAGAGAGAAUUUAUGGUAAGAUGGGUCAUCUGCAGAGGCUUUUGGACCGUUUUUUGUCAUGUAGGCCAACAGGGUUGGCGAAAAAUAAUAGGAUGGUGUUAGUUGCACUGUAUGCUCUUGUGAAAGAGAGUUUUAAGCUCUAUGCUGAUAUAUGUGAGGUUUUGGCUGUACUACUUGAUCGGUUUUUUGAGAUGGAAUACCAUGAUUGCGUAAAGGCUUUUGAUGCUUAUACAAGUGCAGCAAAGCAGAUUGACGAGCUGGUUUCAUUUUAUAAUUGGUCCAAGGAUAUGGGGCUGGCUAGAUCAUCAGAGUAUCCUGAAGUGCAAUUGAUUACUGGGAAGUUGUUGGAGACGUUGGAGGAAUUUGUGAGGGACAGAGCAAAGGCAAUGAAAUCACCAGAGAGGAAAGUGGAACCUACCCCCGUGGUUCAAGAGGAAGAGCCAGUGCCAGAUAUGAAUGAAAUUAAAGCAUUGCCUGCUCCAGAAACUUAUACUGCUCCACCCCCACCUCCAGAGGCCCCUCAGCCUCCUAAGCAACAAGAAACCGGGGACUUGGUGGAUCUGAGAGAGGAAGCAACAACUGCAGAUGAUCAAGGGAAUAAGUUUGCACUGGCAUUAUUUGCUGGCCCUGCAGCAAACACUAAGAAUACGAAUGGGAACUGGGAAGCAUUUCCUUCGAAUGGUGCACCAGAGGUAACUUCUGCUUGGCAAAAUCCAGCUGCGGAGAGUGGCAAGGCAGACUGGGAAUUGGCCCUGGUGGAAACAGCAAGCCAUCUAUCUAACCAAAAGGCAGCAAUGGGUGGUGGACUUGAUCCAUUGCUUUUGAAUGGCAUGUAUGAUCAGGGAUUAGUUAGGCAACAUGUGAGCAGUGCGCAAUUCAGUGGAGGCAGCGCUAGCAGCGUGGCUUUGCCUGGCAAGAGUGCAACUCCUGUGUUGGCUCUGCCUGCACCGGAUGGAACCGUUCAGACAGUUGGAGGAGAUCCGUUUGCUGCCUCGUUGAGCAUUCCACCUCCUUCAUAUGUUCAGAUGGCUGAGAUAGAGAAAAAACAGCAGAUGCUUGUGCAAGAACAGAUGGUAUGGCAGCAGUAUGCUAGAGAGGGGAUGCAAGGACAAACGAGUUUAAGCAGGAUUAAUGGUGGUGGAUAUUAUACACCAGCAAUGCCUUACGGAAUGCCGCCUGCAAAUGGAAUGGGGUAUCCACCUCCAGGGUAUUACUACAAUCAAUAGUGAGUUUUCCAUUGUAUCAUGACUUUGGCUUGUUACUUUUCUUUUCCAUUGUACUUUACUGUGAAUUACCAUUGAAAUUUGUGCAUGUCACCUGAGAAAGGUUUAGAGAACUAAUGGCUGAACUCAUCAAAUCUUGUUGUGGGAGGGAUCAUAUGUUAUAUAUAUAUUUCCUUCUAGUUUUAA